AUGGCCUAUUCGGCGAAUCUCGACAUUUUGUGGCGCUUCUCGGAACGUCUGUGCCUAGGACGGUCCGGGGGUGUUACAUGCGGGACUAGUCAGACCGGACAGAUCACAGGGACCUUGUUAGUGGGCGGUUUUGAGUCCCACGUUUUAUUCGACUCUGGAGCAUCGAAUUGCUUCAUUACACCGGAGCGUGCCGAGAAGAGUGGCAUCCGGAGUAGCGCGGGCGAGAGCGCGGGCAUGGUCAAGGUGGCGGGAGGUGGAUUCUUGUCUACUUUGGGCCGUGCUAGAGGAGUCGAGAUCGAGAUUGCGGGGCAGUCAAUGCCAGCAGACUUAGUCAUCAGUCCGGUGGAGCUGUAUGACGUUAUUCUCGGGAUGGACUGGUUGUCACACUACAGAGUUCAUCUGGAUUGCUACAGAGGUAGAGUGGUCUUCGAGCGAGAUGCAGGGAGGUUGGUUUAUCAGGGAGUGAGACCGACUUCCGGGAGUAUUGUGAUAUCUGCUAUUCAGGCCGAGCAGUUGUUAGUGCGGGGCUGUGAGGCGUAUCUGGCGACGAUUUCUAUGUCUGAGUCAGGAGCUGGAGUUGUUAUGGGAGAUAUUGAGGUUGUCCAGGAUUUUGAGGAUGUCUUUCAGUCACUGAAGGGAUUACCACCAUCUCGGAUGGCGCCAGCUGAGUUGGCAGAGCUGAAGAAGCAGAUAGAGGACCUUUUGUCUAAGGGGUUCAUUCGACCAAGUGUUUCACCGUGGGGAGCACCGGUGUUGUUUGUGAAGAAGAAGGAUGGCAGUUUCAGACUUUGUAUUGAUUACAGAGGUCUUAACCGAGUCACUGUGAAGAACAGGUACCCACUCCCGAGGAUUGAUGAGUUGUUGGAUCAGUUGAGGGGUGCUACUUGGUUCUCCAAGAUUGACUUGGCAUCGGGGUAUCAUCAGAUCCCGAUAGAUGAGGCAGAUGUCCGAUAG